AUGGAAGAAGAAGUGACAGGGAAAUUGAAAACCAGGAGCAGCAGAACAUGGGUCAUGCCUUCCAGGAAGCCAGGUGACAUAAGAUCCUUUGAACGCAUGGAUGAACAAUGUAUGGACAAGGAACCUACACAAGCAAGAUCUCCUGAGCCGGACAUUGUGGAAGCAUUGGAUCAAAUUGGAGCCAGUUUUGGGUUUGGUUUUGCAAAACAAAAAGAUGAUAUUUCAUCUAAUGAUGAGUGGAUUAUAGAAAAUGUUGAAGAAGACCAUGAAAAUGUAGGUUUCAAUGAUGUUCCAAAUUUAAAUGGAGAUGAUAAAUAUUUUGAUGAAGGUCAAGCUCCAGAUGAAGAGCAAGAGGAUGAUAUUCUUUUCAUUCCGUUUUAG